AUAAAAACAAAACAAAAAACGUAAAAAGAAAAAGAACUUAAUGCCAAAUUCUUUACAAAUAUUAUAUCUGUGCUUAUAUUUAUAAUUAAACUAAAAACGCUGGAAUUUAUAUAAUUAAAUCUUCGUUUUAUAUAAACAACAAAAAAAUGGCCGAAGUCGAUGAACUAAAUAAGGAAUUCGAAUGUGCAAUGAAACAGUUCGAAAGAGCUCAUCAGCAUUUGAAUUACCGCGAGAAAUCCAUUGCUACCGAGUGGUUAAAAAAAUUGAAAAAAGCCAACAGCUCGAUAGAAGAUUUGAAACUACGUUUAGACUUCAUCGAUUACUUCAUCAAUUGUUCCAAGUGCAGCAUUUUCAGUACAGAACCAUUCAAUAAAGUGCCGCAUCCAAAUGCUCCUUUGCAGAAGUUGCGUAAUAUGCUGCCAACCAGUCAUAAAAUUCGUAGUGUUGACGCAACUUCCGAUGAACAACGUAAACUUUAUGUUGAGGAAAUGUUUGAUAAUAUGGCGGAUAGAGGUGCCUUUCUCUCCGAUCAGCCAGUGCCAUUGGACGGUACAUUCUUCUUGGUGAUUAUAAAUCAAAAAUAAAUGUUCCAAAUCAUAUAUGUUUUAUUUUUUAUUUAUUUACAAAUUUAUU